AUGUUUGUAGUCACCAUGAGUAUGUAUGCAGUCACCAUGAGUAUGUAUGCAGUCACCAUGAGUAUGUAUGCAGUCACCAUGAGUAUGUAUGCAGUCACCAUGAGUAUGUAUGCAGUCACCAUGAGUAUGUAUGCAGUCACCAUGAGUAUGUAUGCAGUCACCAUGAGUAUGUAUGCAGUCACCAUGAGUAUGUAUGCAGUCACCAUGAGUAUGUAUGCAGUCACCAUGAGUAUGUAUGCAGUCACCAUGAGUAUGUAUGCAGUCACCAUGAGUAUGUAUGCAGUCACCAUGAGUAUGUAUGCAGUCACCAUGAGUAUGUAUGCAGUCACCAUGAGUAUGUAUGCAGUCACCAUGAGUAUGUAUGCAGUCACCAUGAGUAUGUAUGCAGUCACCAUGAGUAUGUAUGCAGUCACCAUGAGUAUGUAUGCAGUCACCAUGAGUAUGUAUGCAGUCACCAUGAGUAUGUAUGCAGUCACCAUGAGUAUGUAUGCAGUCAUCAUGAGCAUGUAUGCAGUCAUCAUGAGUAUGUAUGCAGUCACCAUGAGUAUGUAUGCAGUCACCAUGAGCACGUAUGCAGUCACCAUGAGCAUGUAUGCAGUCAUCAUGAGCAUGUAUGCAGUCAUCAUGAGCAUGUAUGCAGUCAUCAUGAGGAUGUACGCAGUCAUCAUGAGCAUGUAUGCAGUCAUCAUGAGGAUGUACGCAGUCAUCAUGAGGAUGUACGCAGUCAUCAUGAGCAUGUAUGCAGUCAUCAUGAGCAUGUAUGCAGUCAUCAUGAGGAUGUACGCAGUCAUCAUGAGCAUGUAUGCUGUCAUCAUGAGGAUGUAUGCAGUCAUCAUGAGCAUGUAUGCAGUCACCAUGAGUACGCCAACCAGUGACAGGGUGACUGCCAUUGCCCCUGUCGCCCUACCUGCAGCCAACCAGUUCCCGCCCUACCUACCCUACACCCACCGCAACUUCUUCUUCCACGGGACCAUCAUCCCGCCCGAGGCCAACCACACCUACCUUGGCAACGCCUUUGAGCAUUGUCUGCUCAACGCAUCCCGGGCGCCUGGAGACUACUUGGAGCAGAGGAGUGCAGAGGAGUGUGGUGCGUUCUGUGGGGUUGCUGCUGGGGAUUGCCAACCCCUGUGCAGCGGGCAUGGCAUGUGGUCCUUCAGUGAGUCUACAACAGCAGUCUCCCUGGCAGGUGCAGCAGCGCAACCAUUCAAUGGCACCAUCAUCCUCACGCCCCCCACCAGCAACACGUCAGGAGCAGCACAGUGCAGCGCCCAUCUGCCUCUUCCUUUUGAUUGA